AUGUCCUCGUCGCAGUCGGCCACUGCGACUCCGGACAGUAACAAUUCCCCUUCUACUAAGGCCACCGACCAGUUGUCUGCACAAAAUGCUUCCUCGCGAAGCGGAACCAGUGACUCGACUGCACCCAAACUUAACCCUGUUGUAAAUGGUCUCCAGCCCGAAUCGAUGACCACUGCCACCACCACCUCUGCGUCCUCUCCGGCCUCUGAUGCUAUUCCUCAGAACACCACCGCUCCGUCGGCGACUGGGGCCGUUCCAUAUGGCACCCGUUCUAGAAAUCGAGUUGGCGGCGCUCGACCAAACUACGCGGAGGAUCGCGACAUUGAUACCGAAUAUGAGCUUGUUGCUUCAAUGUCGCGGUCUGGUAGUUCCAAGAGACCACCUUCCAACAACCGCGGCGCAACAUCCCCAAGCACGGACAAUGACAGGGCGACUGGGGUGAACACGCGAAGACAUGCGACCACAAAUGGCUCGAAUACUGCUCCGCAGACGAAAGAAUCUAUCCCCGGAACGUCGUCAUUUUCUGCCAAUCCAAGUAGCAAUAGUUAUACGGCGACAAAGAAGCGAAAACAACCUGGUUCUCAUCACUCUACUCCGGCGUCGUCCACGCCAAACACCACUUCUCUCUCAUCCACCAAGAAAUUUAUCGCCCCCGCAAACGUGUCCACCGAAUACCAGAAAACGCAUGUACAGAACAUGUUGACUUUUAACAAUUGUCAGGCAUAUCUAAAACAAGGAAAGCUGAAAGCAGACGAUGGCACUAUUCUUGGUCCCAAUGACCAUGUCUAUUUGGUGUGCGAACCUCCCGGCGAACCCUACUACCUUGCUCGCAUUAUGGAAUUCCUACCAUCCAAAGAUAACCCGGACGGCCCCAUCGAAAGCAUAAGGGUUAAUUGGUAUUAUCGACCCCGCGACAUCCACCGUAACGUUGCCGAUCUGCGCGUCGUCUUCGCCUCAAUGCACUCCGAUACAUGUCCGUUAUCCUCACUUCGUGGUAAAUGCGAUAUCAAACACCACUCCGAAAUCACAAACCUCGAUGAAUACAGGAAGACUAAGGAUUGCUUUUGGUUUGAGAAGAUGUAUGAUCGCUACAUCCCAGAGAUAUUACGAUGUUAUUCCGACGAGUAA